AUGCUUCAUCACAAUAUUCAACAAAAACUACCUGAAUUAUUUAAAAAAAAAUCUAAAAAACAAACUUUAUCUACUUUAUCUACAAGUCUUACAAAUAUUACAGAUAUUGAAAAUUCUAAUAAUGAUCUUCUUUUUGAGAAAGAGUUCAAAGAAGAGCUAUUGAAAUUUGAUAUUAAAGCAGUGAGUAUUGAUAUAAAGGAUGAAUUAAUGAUAGAAGAGUUUUUUAAUAUGG